CAUGUGUACUUUGUGUCUAUAAAAGGCUGUCGUAUCAGAUCUUAAAGAAGUCGGACAACAGACAGUGAACUAAAAGGAGACAAAGUUUACAGGACACAAAAUGAGAGCAGAUUUAUUGACAUCCUUUCUUAUUGCAACCUGUAUUGCUGUCGGUUACUCUGGGCCCACGUUACCACAAAACCUGCUGCGUUGUCGUUCUUGUUCAAGAGCCAGAGACCUUUUGGACUGUAACCAUUUAGCAUUCUGUGACGCGACUCUCGAGGAUUGUUAUAUGGAACAAAUUUUCACAGACCAGCAUACAGUGGAGUACAAUGGAGGUUGUAGGUCUAAAAGCCUUUGUGCACAGACUUCCGCUUCCACUUCUGUCGGAAAGAAGAGAGCAUCAGUUGGCUGUUCAAGUUGUUGUAACUCAGGAGAUGAUUGUAACAAACGACUAUGUGGAAUAAAGGACCCCUCAAUACAAUCAUCUGAGUGUUACAAGUGCGACCAUCGGACAUCUGAACAGUCUGAAGUGAGGGAUCCAGCAAAGUGUAUAACGCUUGGCUAUUGUCAGCAGAAUGAGGUGUGUUAUGUUACUCAGAGUGAUAUUAUGGGCUCUGACAUCUUUUUCUAUGGCUGCCAAAGUAAGCUAAGAUGUCAAAUCGUGAUGGAAACAGCUUACGAGUUUUACAAGGUUUGCGUUGCAAAUGUUACCCUUCCGCCUUUUAUGAGUCGGAGCGAAUAUUGUGGCAACCUUGGAAGACGAUCCGCAUCACUCUGUACUUCUUGUUGCGCAGAUGGUGGGUGUAACUACGGUUCUUGUAAGAACUUAAACGAUCGUAUUUUCAAGCUCGCAUUGCAAGGGAAGUUUGAUAUGAAAACAUUAAAAGUUAUUCCUUAAGAAGAACUCAAACUGUCGGUAAUGUGUUUACCAGGCUGCCUUAAAUAAAUAUGAGACAAAAUGUA